UCGUGGGAACGGUAGGGCGACAUUCGUCCUCACAAAUUCAACGAACUUAGUAUCGUCCAAUUAAUAGAGGCGUUAAUUGAUCUCUGAUUCGUACAAAGAAGUCAAUUCUAUCUUUAAUCAAUUGUAUCGAGCGAUGAACGUGUCUUUUCACUUCCUGAUUGGCUUGUAAUUCGAGUUGGACAGCAGUUAGCCAGAGUUAAUGCUUUUAUCCACCGGCAAGACCCGGUGGCCGAUUAAUCAGGAAGGGCAUGGACCGUUGGCACAGAUGGUAGGGACACUGAUGACUCGUCGGAUUUUCAAGCGACGGAAACACGGAAAUCUCGGCGGGCUCUUAGCAAUUUUCCACUAGCGAAAGAAAGAAAAUUCAAUUGACAAAGUGAAUACGAAUGAGAAGACUUAGGAAGAAGGUCGCGCUGAAAUGCAUUCCAGAGAUGGUGCUUGUGGAAACGAAAAAUUUUAUCGCACAACCAGAAUGAGAGAAGCGAGGAAAUUUCGGAAAUUUACGAGGGCAAACACGAUCGAAUCAUGAUAUACAUCACGACACUCCCUUACUUAUAGUUUCGUAUUGACGAUCGUAACGUGAUCAGCGAUAAAUUCGUCCAUGUAACUACUUAUGUAUCUCGUCGAAGGCUUUGACCAUCGUCCAGCAGCUUGUAACGCGAUCGCCGAUAAAUUCAUAUUUCCGAUUGUCCAUAGGACGAGCAACAAAUCGUAAAGUAUGGUCAGAGGGUGAAGGAUGAUAGAAUUGGUGUACGCGAAGUCUGUUUCGUAGUCGCAUAUGCGAUUCGCACCGAAGUCAAGUAUUAUCGAACACAAUAUCCACCAAUUAUCGGACGAUUGUAGUCGCGACGCCAACUGUCGUCAUUGGUCAAGCAAAUCGAUCAGGGAUGAGGGAGUGACCAUCGGACAAACCGAUACAAGAUAUACGAUCGUCUACCCUCUAACGUGGCUCUUUGUUUUUACACGUAAGACAGCCUCGGGAAAUGGUAUUCGAUUUCGAUCGACGAAAUCGCGAGAACGCGUACAAGUAAUUUUAUGCGUGUUUACUUUGCACCGGGGGAUCGUUCGGACAAUGAGAGAGAGAGAGAGAGAGAGUUUCAGACGCAACUAUGAUGACUCUUCUCCCUAACGUUCAGUUGUUUGUCCAGGAGAUGGACAAAACGCUGGACCCACUCGACACUGUCGAUCGAUCCGAAAUUAUGAAUAAAUAUUAGCUGUACGAUGAAGCUUCUAACUGGUAUUACCAGUGAACUUUUAGAGCUGUGAAAAGGCUCGCGUUACGUCUCCGCUGUGCCGAUCAACGAGUUAACCGAACUCGGUGCUUAAAAUUUCAGCGAGCUCGAGAAGAAAGAGGACUGCGAGGAGAAUCGUCGUUGAUCGAGCGCGUGUACGCGAACAACUCGAUUCGUGGCACGCGACUUCACGUGCGCGAGUCGCGUGCAGACCGGAAACGGUAGCCGGAUACUUUAGUACGAGCGACGUACGAGAACGAUCUACACCAGCAAACAGCCACGUCACCCAUAUUUCGCUGACGCAUAUUUGCUUUAUAACUUACUGAAUUUUCUUCUCCUCUCGUGCAACAUUUUAUAUUAUAGCGGAUAAUGGAUAUAUUCCAGGUGGGCAAAGUUAUUGCCCCGGCUUGUAGAAUAACGCAGGAAUACCGGUUCGUCGAUGGACAUUGGGGUAAGAAUCGAGGAAAGAAGACCGACCUUGGAGCUGAUCAGGCGAGCAGCAGCAGUCGUACCUGUGGGAAUGCGAUCCCUUCGGGUUAGCGAGAUGAGAACUGAAAAAGGUCAGAAGAAGAGUGAAAGAAGGGUGCCCGGAUGUAGAGGCGAUUCGGCGCGUUUCCGAAGGGUGACGCGAAUUCGGACCACACCGGGCGAAGAAGAAUGCAUUCAGCUCGCGGCUUCAUGCAUCGCCACGCGAUCCAAUUUUUUUUUUUUUCUUUCUUUUUCUUGCUCGUUACUCGGACGUGUGCCAAACGUGUGCGUAUCGUCAUAUUUCUAGAGUCUUUUUCUCGAAAUUGUAAGUUGUAAGUUUACUUCGUUACGAAGGUCGAAUAGAUAUACGAGAAAGUCACCCCCUACUCGUUGGAUAGACGGUCAGAAAUUAACGAUGCGAUUAAUAAAUCGGCUCGGUUCCCAGGCACACGGUCCCGCCGAUAAUCGUGCGAGCGCGUGCUACGUACCAUUCCUGUGUGACCUUUAUCGCGAUCGGCCACCCUCUCCCUCGUAUACGCCCACCCUUCGAUCAACUUUUCUCCUUGUCGUGCGACCAUCAGAGUCGUGGGUGCCAUGGGGGGACGCUCGUAGCGAUUUCAUGGUGGCGCGGAAAUUGAUAAAAGAGGGAUGAUAGACAAUUUCAAGAAAUCGAAGUUACAUAUCUCAAGAUGAAAGAAAUUUUUCAAGAUUCUUCAGAAUCUUUCGUUCGAAUAAAAUUCCAUACGAUUCGAAAAUGAUUAGUGAAAAAUUUUCAAGAAGAAAUUUCAAUCGAAAAGUAUCCCUGGUAAUAGUCGAUCGAGCAAAACCCAGCAGAUUUCAGGGAAUCCCGUCUCGGGAAUGGUCGAGCUAAGCGCCAGCAACGUUCCCACGAAAAUCGCCCCCUUUUGAUCGUCGCAUUACGAUCCCCCUUUUUCUCGGUGCCGUCUCUCCUCGCCGGCAGAGUCGGAGGUUGGGGUUGGAGAGGGUCGCUUUUCACCUUGCGAUCGAGCGGCAAAACAUACAAGUUUCCCCCACCAAGCGUACCUAGUGGACGCGCACCUAGUCCCCCCACCAGGAGAACAGGGCACGCGGUCGUGUGUCGUGCCCGAGUCCUCCCGCACACGACAUACGUCGGCCGCCACGCGACCCGUGCACACGCCUUGCCGUUGCUCCGCGUUUUCUCGCUAGUAGCAGGGCAACGGGCACUGACCAACAGCCGCAAAGACAUCAGCCGCGAGACAACGCCGUCCUUCUGCUUACUCGCACGCGACCGCGAACGUCGUCGGCAAGCCGCGGCACGUGAACGCGGAUCCACUUACUUCCUUCCUUCGACGACAAGUGUCAACUAGGAUCAAAUCGGAUCGCGCUUUUAUCAAUUUCUCUUCUAGAAAUACUCUAACGCGAAGGACAUUUUUUUUUUUUUUCAAAUUUCUUUUCUACCGUCAGUGAUAUUUUUCAUUUUCGUCUUUCGUCGCGUUGUGUCAUCGAAGAUCAAAGAACAGUGGAAUGACGGUAGUGGAUGGACACGGCGGUGUCGCCGUAACGAGCCACAGGUAGCAGCGAAUCCUUACUAGCUGAUCGACUUUUUACCACCCUACCACUCGGCAAGUUCUAUUUCUGGAGAAUAAAUCAACGUGCCUUCAUCGAAAGUGAAAUCGACCGUACAAGUUAGCGAGAAAGAAGAAAAUGUGGAGAGUGGUGGUCGCGCGAUCGGACGAGAACAGCACUCUGCUGUCGUCGGAGAUCGCCUCUGGUCCAGUCGGACCUGGUCACAUCUCCAGUCUACCCGGACCGCCAUCCGGUCACCAUUGGGGUUAUCCGCCGCCCCCUCAUCCAUCUUAUCAACCGCAACACCCUGACGUGCGACAUCAUCAUGACAUGCGACCACCACCGCACGACCUUCGACAUCCGUCGAGCGUCGGUGAUCCGAGGAAUCAGGAUAUCAGAAGCCACGAGAUGCACAGGCCGGAUCUGAGGCAUCAGGCCGAGAUGCAGAGACACCAGGAGUUGCACAGGCCCGAGAUGGCCAGGCAUCAAGAUCUGACGGCUAUGAGGCCGGAUAUGACGACGGAUAUGAGAUCCGCUCACGAGUUUCCCGAUCUCAAGAUCGACGUUAAUCAAGACACCGGGCAACAACAGCAACAGCAGCAACAACAAGCUACUCAACAAAGUCAAACGCAUCAGCAGAGGAAUUUGAAAAGGGCUAUGAGCGAUUCCGAUUGCGACGACGUGUUCUCCGAAGAAAGUGGCAAAGAACCCUGCAAUUCGCCGGGAGGCGAUUCCUGUCAACACGCGUCGCGGAAGCGUCGGAGAGGGAUGAUCGAGAAGAAACGUCGCGACAGAAUAAACGCGUCCCUCGGCGAGCUACGAAGAUUGGUACCCGCAGCGGCGAGAGAUCCUCACAGCGGUAAACUGGAGAAGGCGGAGAUUUUGCAGCUCACCGUCGAGCACCUACGAACACUGCGAAACAAAGGACCAGAGGGCUACGACAGCACGAAAUUGGCGAUGGAUUAUCACGCGGUUGGUUGGGGCGAGUGCGCUGCCGAAGUUGGACGGUAUCUGGUGACGAUGGAAGGUCUCGACGAGAGGGAUCCUCUGAGGUUACGAUUGCUCUCUCAUCUGCAAAGUUUCCAUCGUGAGCAUGCCCCGUCCGCGGUUCCGUCCUCCGUUCCACCGACUACCUUGACCUCAAGUACAUCGAGCAGCAGCUACGAACCGGCCAGCACCGCGUCCACCGGAAUGCCAGCUGGACCGGGAAGCAUGCCACCCCUUCUGGGAGGAAGCGCGCUCGGAUGGGGACAGUAUCCGGGACAGUAUCCCCAACAGCAACACGGGAAACCUUACAGGCCUUGGGGUGCCGAACUAGCCUAUUGACCUGCGAUCGAUCUUUAACCAUUUCGCUCGUAAUAAUCGCGAAUCGAUCAAUGGAACUUUAUAAAUAGUUUGUUUAUCGCUUAUUUCGACGCUCUCGAGGAAAUCUGAAUCUGGUAAAUCAGAGUUUGGCAAAUAAUAUUUUUAUUCAUCGAGCUUCGAACAAGCGAGAACGAGUGUAUUUUUUUACGUGUGAUACUACUAUAGUCGUACGAGUACCUAAUACAAAGAACGAUGAAAGAUAUUUAUUUUUCUGCUCGACUGGAGAAAUCCAGCGAGCGAGUAACAUUGUACAGUGUAUAUAGUUAUUGUAUAUAGCGACGAAACGCGACGAUCAUUACUCGUUGUAAUUUGUAUCUUUUGUAUUUAUCUUUAUUCUUUUGUAUCGAACGCAGUCUGAUGGUUUGUGAUUGAAAUAUUGAAGAAAUCGAAAAAAUGAAUAAAACCAAACGUCAAAGAAAUAGGAAUCGAAUGCGUGAUACAAGUGCCAUUAAACGUAUCCGGGGUAUACGUGUGAAGAAAAACGCUCAAAUGUUUUUGCAAUAAAAAAAUGACGCAAGCAAA